CGCCUGCCUCCCAGUUGCGCUCGCCGCUGUCCUGUCUGGCCGCCCGGUGUCUGCUCCGCCGCUCCAAGCUCUGCGGCUCUCCCACUCCCCUGUACCCGAAAACUCUGCCUCCUCCUGCGGUCACCUCCCCGGCUCCCGGUCCCCCCUCUCUCUCCUCCCGGUGAAUGCACCAGCGGCGCAAACAUGACGGGCAUCGCCGCCGCUUCUUUCUUCUCCAAUUCCUGCAGGUUCGGCGGCUGCGGUCUCCAGUUCGAGUCUCUCGCCGAGCUCAUCGUCCACAUCGAGGACAAUCACAUCGACACAGAUCCGCGGGUCCUGGAGAAGCAGGAGCAACAGCAGCCCACUUACCUGGCCCUAAGCUACAUCAACAGGUUCAUGACAGAUGCGGCGCGCCGGGAGCAGGAAACCAUGAAGAAGAAGGUCGCUCCCAAACUGUCCCUGUCCAUCACCGGAGGAGUGUCCAGGAACAGCACGGCCACGCCCCCUCGCCACACCAGCGGUAACCUGACGCCUCCCGUCACGCCCCCCAUCACCCCCUCCUCCUCCUUCCGGAGCAGCACACCUACAGGCAGUGAGUAUGAUGAGGAGGAGGUAGACUACGAGGAGUCGGACAGCGAUGAGUCGUGGACCACAGAAAGCGCCAUCAGCUCCGAGUCCAUCCUCAGCUCCAUGUGCAUGAACGGGGGAGAGGAGAAGCCGUUCGCCUGCCCCGUCCCCGGCUGCAAGAAGAGAUACAAGAAUGUGAAUGGUAUUAAGUACCAUGCCAAGAAUGGCCACCGCACGCAGAUCCGCGUGAGGAAACCCUUUAAGUGUCGCUGCGGCAAGAGCUACAAGACCUCGCAGGGCCUGAGACAUCACACCAUCAAUUUCCACCCGCCCGUCUCCACCGAGAUCCUGCGCAAGAUUCAGGGUUAGAGCCCGAACAUAGCCCUAUCCUGACUGUCCUUACCCACCCUUUACACUCAUCCCAACACUAAAGGGUCAAGUGCGUGCUUUAAGUUUAAUUUUCUUUUUUCAUAUAAUUGUUUGUAUGUUACAUAUUUUUUUCUAUCCAUUUUAUAUCACUUGUAUUUUUGAAAAAAUAUAUCUUUGUAGUAUUUUUAUUGUUGUACAUUUGCACAUUCGUAUAUACUAUCACGUUAUUUUGUUCUCUAUUGUUUGAUUUACAUAAGGUGCUAACUGUAAAAAACAGAAAGAAAAGAAACAAAAACAAACGACAUGAAAGAAACUGGGGAAGAUGUGAAACAGGAAGUGCAACCAAGCCCUGCCCCUAACAUGAAGUUGACGUUACAGCUGAUCUGAGUUCAGUAGUCGUUACACUCCCUUUCCGUUUAUGCAGAGAGUUAGCUGAUCUCAGAUCUGUGCCUUCGCAGUAACUUCUGGGGGUUUGAGUGCCGGAGUCAAGUUAUACUUUAAAUAGAUUUAUUGAUAUAUAAACAAUAGACAGAUAUGUAUGUGUACAUAAAAAUAUAUAAAAGUAUUCAUUAGCAUAUACAUAAAUAGUUACACUUUAUUUUCAAGCUUUAUUUUAUAUAUUUUUGUCAGUGUUUUAUUCUUUCUAUGUAUCAGUAAGUGUUCCUUUAAUUCCUAAAUUGCUGAGACGGCCAGUUUUGUCACCUCAGAGGUCAAAGGUCAAACAGCUGGCUGACGCCGGGUUCGGAGAGUUUUCUCUCACCCCGCCCCCGAGAGAUAAGGAGCCAAAACGCCUUUCUGUUUGUUACUCUGAAUCAAUGUUUUAAUUCAGGACAGCGUAUUAUAACACGGCCCAGGCCAACAAUCCAUAUCUGAAACGCUUCAUCUGCUCCGGAAAGCCGACCAUGUUUUUCAUAUCUCCAGUGUUUCCUCAUUCAGAGUGCCAGAGCUGUGUUCAAGAGACUAAGUGGUGACUGCCAUCAUGCUGUAUUUCCAGUUGCCAAGAUCUUUGUUGUGUUUUGUUCCCAUGAUGUUGCCAUCAGCUCUCCACUGCCAAACAUUGACCAUACCAUGUGCCUGAUGAGGGGGGGAGGGAGGGUGAGGCAGCUGUAAUAGUUUCACCCUGGAGUUCGCCAAACGUGUGGCAAUGAUUUUCUUCUUCAACGCGCCUCCAAAAUGUGCGCAUGAGUGGAUGUACGUCGACAGAAUGUUUUCAUGCAUGCAUUUUUGUGUCGUUACGAGAAGGAAAAAAAAAGAUUUGUAUUGAAAGAGAUUACCACCUACAACCUGUUAUUUGUUGUUGUAGACAAGAGCAUUCCAGUUCAUUGACUUCAUGUGUGUGUGAUAUGUAUGCCUGUGUAUUUCUCAGCAGUAUCCAAGUCAUCAGCAUAUAGAGUGUUUGUGUAUUCUGCGUGUUUCUGCGUCUUGUGUUUUCUGUGCCAGGCAGCCGGUUGGUCUCCUGUGGAGCAGGACAACUGGCGGUGUUUUUGCCUCAUGUAGUGUAGCGCUGGCCAACUUGUUGCCCCCCCCCCCCUGACUGAGAUUUCAUCAUUCAUUGUCUCUUAAGAAAAACAAAAGCGGCGCUGUGCAGCCGCCGCGUGCCAACACACAUCGAUCCAUGACAUCAUUUCCCCUCAUCGUGCACAACGUUUUAAAUCUGCAGAAGUCUCAAAGCACGAGCGUCUCCUUUUUUUCUUUUGAGGGGUAAAACGACCCUCAGACAUGCACACAUCCUCCUGUCCUCCGAGCUUUUGUUGCCAUGGAAACAUCUGGAAUAGUAUGAAAGAUUUCUUUCAGAUUGAUUACCCUUGAUUUUACAAGAAGAUUUUCCUGUAGUUUAAUUUAGUUAGGUGGUUAAAUAAACAAUAUUUAACCACCUUUUUUUUCCGUCAUAUCCUGUUUUAUUAUAGUGAUUACCAUGCAUCUGUACUGUACUUACAAUGCCUUUGACUAGUGUGCUACCUAACAAAUAAGCACAAAUAUGUGUGCCUGAAAAAAGACAUCAAGUCUGUUCUUAAGCACCAAUAAGUACCUAGAUCUCUAAAAUCUUGGUAUCAGUUUCAAAGAGCGUCUGUGUUCUUACUACCCUUACAGUAACCCUGAGAUAAUGGCUUGCGUGCGAUAGAAAAGCUUCAUUCCUGCCUCUCAGCGUAGGGGAAGCGUUUCCGUGGCUGGGAUGGACGCAGACUGAGAGUCUCCCGUUGGCGCUCUGUCAAACACUCGUAAAACCAUCCCUGCUUCACACGGACGCCCCCCCGUCACCAUGGCAAUCGUUUCAGCUCUACACAGGGGCCAAUUGCAGAAUUACACAUGUGGGAGAGGAGGAGCGGAGGCUGUGUGCAGAGGGAGAAGACGAGGGCGGGGUUUCAAUAUACUGUGUACAGUGAAUGUAUUGUAACGUGUCUGUUGUCAAGUGCUUUUAAAUUAUAUUUUCGUAUGUAACGUGGAGACCAAUGUUUCCUUUUUGUAUGGGGGGGACAACAGGUCCUGAGCAGAGUGACUUGUAAAUGAUGUCAAACUGUCUUUCUAUAUAAAAGAGAAGCUGCCUAAAUGUAAACAGGAAAUGACUGAAAAAAACCUGUAAAAAUAAAGUUAAACAUUCUGUA